UUUUAUUAUUAUCGCUCGAUUGAUCACAAUUUUUAAAUUUUCACUUCGCAAAAUUCUUAUUGUUAUAAAUAAAUUGAAUAGAUUCUAAAAAUUUAUCAAAAAUUUCAAAUGGGAUCCGAUCCGGAACCGCCACCAAAAAAGUCCGGUCUUCAAUUUUGGCGUGAAACACUGAAUGGAGCCAGAUACAUUUUGGCCCCAAUGGUCGAUCAGAGCGAGCUGGCGUGGAGGUUAUUGAGCAGACGAUAUGGGGUUGAACUAUGUUACACGCCGAUGUUUCUAUCUUCGGUGUUCAUCAAGGACGCCACUUAUCGAAAGGAGGCCAUGGCAAGUUGUGAGGGGGACAGACCACUCAUUGUGCAGUUUUCUGCAAACAACCCUGAAUCUCUGUUAAAAGCGGCCAGAUACGUCGAGAAUAGUUGUGAUGCUGUCGAUUUGAACCUUGGCUGUCCCCAAAGUAUAGCUAAACGGGGUCAUUACGGGGCUUACCUGCAAGAUGAUUGGCAGUUGUUGCAUGAUAUGAUCAGUUUGUGUCACAGAGAACUCAAAGUUCCCAUUACGUGCAAAAUCAGAAUCUUCGAAGACAUCGAAAAGACAAUAAAAUAUGCACAAAUGCUGGAGAGGGCUGGGGCCCAGCUUUUGACAGUGCAUGGGCGAACUAGAGAGCAGAAGGGUGUCAACAUGGGUCUGGCUAGCUGGGAGCAUAUCAGGGCCGUAAGACAAAACGUCAAAAUCCCGGUUUUUGCAAACGGCAACAUCCAAUAUUUCGAAGAUAUAGCCCGCUGCCUGUCAAUCACCGGGGUCCACGGUGUCAUGGUGGCCGAGGGCAGUCUGCACAAUCCCGCCAUCUUCACUAAUCACCUACUUCCGGUUUGUCGCCUUGCAGUCGAGUAUUUAGACAUUGUGGAGAUGUACCCGUGCCCCAUCGCGUUCGUUCGGGGCCACCUUUUUAAGCUUAUGCACCAUGCUCUUUGUGUGCAUUCUCAUUUACGUGAUGUCCUGGGUGUCUGUAAGACGUUGACGGAUGUUCGGAGCGUGGUUUCAGAGGUCGAGAGAUUGUCACUGGCAGAUAUUGAAGAGCACGAGAGGGAGUCUUCUCAAUCAGGCCAUCAAACGCAACAAACGCCAUAUUGGAUUUGUCAGCCAUACGUCAGACCAGACAACAAAACCCAAAUGAAAAAAGCAACUGAUGACGACAACGCCGGCAGUGACGUUAUCAACAGUAACAACAACAACAAUAACAACAACAACAACAAUAAUAAUAAUAAUAAUAACAUUUCUCGCAACAAGUUGAAAAAGUUGAAGAGAGUCGGCAACAUCAAGCCAGCAUUUCAUAAUCAGGCCGAGAAAAAAGUGAAGUUUGAAAUCUGUACAUGCGGUCAUCCGAAAGGUUUAAAGUGCUCUUUUGACAAAUGCAAGAUUUGUUGCAAGUCGCUGGUCUUCAAGCUGCUGAAAGAAUGCCCUGGUCACAAGUUGUUUCUGCGAAAACGGAAACAUUCUGACGUCACAGCCGGUGACGAUGGCGAACGUUUAAAAGCGGAAAAAGAUUCUAAAAUCAACGGCGAUGAUGUCGUCGUUAAAAGGGAUGUGACGUAGUAGUGAUGGGCGAGAUUGCCGAAAUGUAGAAAUUACUUUUCCUGACUGAAAAAUUUUCAUUAUGUUUUAGGAUAAUGAUUUUUCCAUUCUUGGUGCUGUUGUUUGGUUUUGGUUUAUCCUGUGUUCUGCUUGUUCGUUUAUUAUUAUUAUUAUUAUUGUUGUUGUUGUUAUUAUUAUUAUUAAUAUUUAUUAUUAUUUUGUUGUUGUUUUUGUCUCUUGGUUAUGUUUUAAUGUUGUUGUGUGUCUGUCUGUCUGUCUGUCUGUGUGUCUGUCGCUGUUGUUCUAGAUACACGUGUCUGUGUGUUUUAUUGGUAGUAUAUUUAUUUAAUAUUUAUUUACUUAAGUUUUAUAAGUAAGUUGAUUAAAAAAUGUCUCUUGCAGUUUGCGGAUUUUGUUCGUGCGGUUAGUAGCGGACGCAGUUUUAUGUCAUCUCUUUUUUUAAUAAAUAAAUAAAUUUGGCGCCAAAAAUUGAUGGCAAAGAAAACAGCGCCCUUCCUCGGGGGACUGGAUCUCUGGACGAGGAUUGACUGAUUAUUUUUUAAUA